UUAUAAGUUUGUAGCUCGCACAUAUUCAGUGAUGGCAGCAGGUGGGAGAGUACGUCGUUCACGCACUGGAUCUACCCCUUCUACCCGUGAUGGGACGGAGCCAGCAUCGCCGCCACAUGUUGCAUCGCAGUCGUCGGAUCCCUCAGUCACGCAUACACCGGGCACUGCAUCGGCGUCGUUGACCAGCCGACGAGGACGUGGACCCACGCGUGGGUUGCUUUUACAGCGACUUACACGUGAGGGUAGGGUGACGGUAGAGUUUCCAAAGGACUGUAUUAGACCUGUAGGGAACAAUGCCAGAUUGUUUAUGUCGGAGGUCGAUGUCUUAUGCCGAACUAUGAUCCCCGCCAUCACCUCUCAUUGGGUAGACGUGACAGAUGAUGUGGGACAGCUCAUCCGUCAGCGCCUUCAGGUAAAUUUAUAUGUUAUGUGUUUUAUUUAUAUAUGUAUAGCUCAAAAUUGAUGGAGCAGACCCGGAUGUGCGUCGGAGCUAUCCGAAUGUUGAGCGGGGGUCCCUGGAAGGUGGGAACCGUUGUUAUGACCAUGAUAAAGCUGUCAAUUUCCUAUGGACAGCAUUGGACGGGCCUGGCCAUUUGGACAGUCCGUGUUUAUGUAUUUACUCGAAAUUAAUGGAGCAGGCCCGAAUGUGCGUCGGAGCUAUUCGGAUGAGCGAGGGUCCCUGGAAGGUGGGAACUGUUGUUAUGACCAUGAUGAACCUGUCCAUUUCCUAUGGACAGCAUUGGAGGGGCCUAGCCAUUUGGACAGACCGUGUUUAUGUAUUUGCUCGAAAUUAAUGAAGCAGACUCGGAUGUGCGUCGGAGCUAUCCGGAUGAGCGGGGGUCCUUAGAAGGUGGGAACCGCUGUUAUGAUCAAGAUGAAGCUGUCCAUUUCCUAUGGACAGCAUUGGAGGGGCCUGACCAUUUGGAUUGACUGUGUUUAUGUAUUUGCUCGAAAUUAAUGGAGCAGACCCGGAUGUGCGUCGGAGCUAUCCGGAUGAGCGGGGGUCCCUGAAAGGUGGGAACCGCUGUUAUGGCCAUGAUGAAGCUAUCCAUUUCUUAUGGACAACAUUGGAGGGGCCUGGCCAUUUGUGCUGGUGGCCGUGUUUAUAUCUGUAUUUACAGGGACCAUACCCUUAACCUAAAC